AUGUCCGGCACACCAUCUACUCAACGCUUCACCCACGUCCAGGCCCGGACACAAAUGCCGCGGCCACCGCUGCCCAUCCACAAGGCUAACCGCACACUGCUAACCCUCGAUCAUAACAACCUACCACCGGUCAAAUUCCAGAAGAUAAAGCGGCCGGAGCGCGAGGUUCUCGUCGGCCGCAUGAAGAUCCCCACCCCGAACAGUCACGCUUUUAUCCUCCGACGCUACGACACGGGUGCGAUCAGCAUCACCACCAUGUUCCGCGCCGCCUUCCCGACCGCGAGCGACGAGGAAGAGAAGGCGGAGAUGGCAUGGAUCAAGGCCAACUACGAUACCGCGGGCGCGAACGGCGGCGGCGCUAGCGCGAUAAACGAGCCUCGCGUCCGUUUCGCCGGAACGUGGGCAAGCGCGGACGUCGCGAUGACGAUCGCGGGCUCGUAUGCGAUCGACCGCAUCGUCGAGCACCUCGCGCGCGCGCACCCGUCGCCGGACGUCGCGUACCGCAGCGCGCCGAAGAGCGGCGGCGGCGAGCAGGUGACGCAGCUGCCGACGCCGCAGCUGUCGAAGAGCGACGUCGUGGCGCAGCCGCCGCCCGCGAAGCGGCGCAAGGAGGCGAGCUCGCCCGUGCGCCCCGCUGCCGCCGAGCCCGCGACGCCCGCCGCGAAACCGCCUUCUCGUCGGAGCACGCGCCUGUCGCGCUCGCCGGCGCCGGCCACGCUCCAGACCCCGCAGGCCACGCCCAGCUCGCGCCUGCCCCGUCGACGAGCGCAGCGCGAAGAGCCGCGUUCCGACCAGACCGACAACACGCUUGUAGACGACGAGGCCGCGCAGACCGACGCGCUGGUCAAGCCCACGAUGCUGGAGGAUAUUCAGGAGCAGCGUGAGCUCAUCGAAGAUCUUAUGGCGCAACGUCAGGCCGAGCAGGAAGCCGCUGCCGCUGCUGAGGAGGAGAAAGGGGUGGCGGAGGAAGAGGAUGAGCCGAGUGAGCCAGCGCAGGGGACGAAGCGGGCACGCGAGGAGGAGGACCAGCCGCUGCAGUUUAACUUUAAGGAACCCGCGGAGCAAACGGAGGAGGUCACCGAGCGCGCGAUCGUGACGAACCGGCGGGUGGGCCGGCUCGCGCAGAUGAGCCCACGGAAUAAACAGGUCGCGUGGGGCGCGCUCGCGUUCGCCGCCGGGCUUGGUGCUGUAUCCUUCUUGCCCAACUUUUUCUUCUAA